UGGCUAGCAGCCCCUACCGGUGCUGCGGCGGGCCAGGGCAGCGAAGGUCGCGGGUUGGGGGUCGUUCUCCUCCCCGCCUCUGGGAGGGGCGAGAGGGAGCCGCGGCUGAUGUCAGGUGCCCGCACCUUCCGGCCGCUCCGGUCCCGAGUGCCUGCCGCCGUUGGACCGUCAGCUUUGUCUGGAGCUGGUCGAUUAUGAAAUACAUUAAUGGGAAAUGGCUUCUAAAUCUUGGCUGAAUUUUUUAACCUUCCUCUGUGGAUCUGCAAUAGGAUUUUUUUUAUGUUCUCAACUAUUCAGUAUUUUGUUGCGAGAACAGGCUGAUAUUCAGCCUAACAUGCUUCAUAAUGAUCCUCAUGCAAGACAUUCAGAUGAUAAUGGACACAAUCACCUUCAAGGACAAAUGGACUUCAAUGCAGAUUCUAGCCAACAUAAAGAUGAGAACACAGACGUUGCUGAGAACCUCUAUCAUAAAGUUAAAAUUCUUUGUUGGGUUAUGACAAGCCCUCAAAAUCUAGAGAAAAAGGCCAAACAUGUCAAAGCUACGUGGGCCCAGCGUUGUAAUAAAGUGUUAUUUAUGAGUUCGGAAGAAAAUCAAGACUUCCCUACCGUGGGAUUGAAAACCAAAGAAGGCAGAGAGCAACUAUAUUGGAAAACAAUUAAAGCAUUUCAGUAUGUACAUGACCAUUAUUUAGAAGAUGCUGACUGGUUUAUGAAAGCAGAUGAUGACACAUAUGUCAUUGUGGACAAUCUGAGAUGGCUUCUAUCAAAGUAUAACCCUGAACAACCCAUUUACUUUGGGAGAAGAUUUAAACCCUAUGUGAAGCAGGGAUACAUGAGUGGAGGAGCGGGAUAUGUCCUAAGCAAGGAAGCCUUGAGAAGAUUUGUUAAUGCAUUUAAAACAGAAAAAUGUACUCAUAGUUCCUCCAUCGAAGACUUAGCACUGGGAAAGUGCAUGGAAAUUAUAAAUGUAGAAGCUGGAGAUUCUAGAGAUACCGUUGGGAAAGAAACCUUCCACCCAUUUGUACCAGAACACCACUUAAUCAAAGGUUAUCUACCGAAAACAUUCUGGUACUGGAAUUACAACUAUUAUCCUCCCGUAGAGGGUCCUGGUUGCUGUUCUGAUAUUGCAGUUUCUUUUCACUAUGUUGAUUCUACAACUAUGUAUGAAUUAGAAUACCUCGUUUAUCAUCUUCGUCCAUAUGGUUAUUUAUAUAGAUAUCAACCUGCCUUACCUGAGAAUAUACUAAAAGAAAUUAAUCAAGUAAACAAAAAGGAAGAUACAAAAACAAAAUUAGGCAAUCGUUGAAGGCAAACCAUGAAUGGAUGAGGAUCAAUGGCCUGCAUUGCACUGAAGGACUCCUGCCUUUCUGAUGGAACACUGAGGUCCCAGUGAGGAACUCAUCUGAAGUGAACAUUCCAUGUAGAAAUCUUUCAAAUGGAUGACUAUAAACUGAAGCAUUUAAAGAGCUGUGAAGUUUGCUAAAAUGUGUUUUGAUACAGUAAUAUAUAAAUAUAAAUAAAUAUAUAUGAAGAAUUUGUGUUUUUAAAUGGUGACAGAAGAGCUAGAAAGGCUGUUUCUGACUGUUCCUGACAGUGUAUGUUGCUAUCAGUAAAGUUGGACUGGUUAGUUUGUAAUCACCUUCUGCACCACAAGUUAAAACACAAUGCUGAACAGAUCUGCCUUAAAAAAAGAAAGAAACACUGUCGCUCAGUAUUGUUUCUCACCUAAUAUGUAUAUGCUACAAACCAGCCUUCCAAUUGUCCAAUGAAAACUUUUCUGUGAUUAUAUUAUAUUAUUUAUAAUUGGCAAUGUUUUCUCAAGAAGAAUAAGAAUGGCACUUACCCCAAAGUGCACUAAUUAACCACAUUUCCAAUUAUUAUGGGCCUUGACUGCAUUACAUACUUAGUUCUCUAUAUAAUCAAUCUUAUACCAAGUCCCCAUUGUCUCCUUUUGAAGUGUUUGACCCUGAAUAGUGUUUUCACUAUUAAUGCUUAUUUAUUCAUAGCAUUGGCAGCAUUCUGUAAAACAUGCAUUUUCAAAUAUUUUGUUCUCAGAUUCACCCAUUGUUAAUUGUAAGUAACAAUUAAAUCUAAUGCUGUUUGGACAAGCUUUUCUUGUAUUAGUACCACUCUCAGGAAUUAUUGAUUAUUUAGAAGUCUUUCCCAACUACAUAGUUGUUCCUUUUAUUUUCAUCCUGUGGAGAUGAGACUUGUUUGUGCCUUUCAUAACUUUUUAAAAGCACUUUUAAAAUUAAUUUUUAUGUCUGAUGUGGCAGGUAACACUGGCAAAUAUUUUUGAAUGCAGCUUUUGGCCAGAAUUAAUCUAAAACACAAACAAGUAAAGGCUACUUAAACAAGCUAAAAUGUUAUAUACUUUAUAAAUAACAACAUAUUUCCUAAGCCUUGCCAGCAGUAAUUCCAACAGAGCAGAAUUCCAUUCAGACUGCCAUCAGAAGCAAUCUGUAAUCACUCUAAUGUCACUGGCUGCUUAAAGAGUUUCUGAAAGGAUAGAACUUUAACUUGGUUUUGUCAUCAUCAAUACUGAUUGUAGAGCAGAAUAUGUGACAGAUUUCCCAUAAAAUUACUUUUUUAAUUGUUAAUGAAUUACAUUUCAUUAUGCUAAUUUUGCCUGAUUAGUACACCGCUGAGUCUAUAGCUUGGCUAAAUAGUAAAUAUAAAUAAUUUAUACUUAUUGUGCCAAAACCAUAACCUUUAUAGAUGAUAUAUUUGACAGGAUAUUUAUUUCAUUGGCUAGUUAUGGAUCACUCUGUCCCUGUAAUGAAAAUACAAAGUCAAAUUUAAAAAUUUGGUUUGGGUUCUUAUGAUGGUGCCAUCUACCAAUAUCCUAGGCUUUCUAGUCUGUGUCUUGGGACAGCUCUUUACCGUGGUUCAGAUAUGGAUUUGUCUGUAUUCCACAUGUGCUACUCUUCUUUUCUAGCAAAGUAAACGAUUUA